AUGGCUCCCAUCAGCCAGCGCAAGCAUCUCGGCCGCGACAAGUUUGGGGCGCAAUUCAGUCUCCUCAAGACUCAGCAGUACACCGACCCCUCCACUCGAACCGUCACGCCGACCAUCCACCGCACAAUCUCAUGGAACGCGUCCGGAGGUCUGAUCGCAACCGGUGCCAACGACAAAACAGUCCGUGUAUGGAAUCCUGAAAGGACCAGCCCGCGGAGCCAGACAGAGCUGAGAGGGCACGGACAUGCCGUGGAAAAGGUCUUAUUCAAUCCUGCUCGCGAGUUCGAAUUGGCGAGCUGCUCUUCGGACGGCACGGUACGAUUCUGGGAUACCCGGAGCAAGACGUGUGUGACGAAGCUCGAGGUUGGCGGUGAACCCUUUACCUUGAGUUGGAGUACCGAUGGGAGCACUUUACUCGCAGGGACAAAGGGCGACGUCCUCAUCCCCAUCUCGACUGCCAUACCCUCCUCCCCGGUCAUCCUUUCGCGACACAAGCAGACGCUCCAGACGAACCAGACCACUUUCUCCAACGCAUACCCUCCUACUGACCUGCUCAUAACCCAAGGCGACGGAUCCGUUAAGAUCCUCGAUUUCCCCUCUUUUCAGCCUCUGCAUAAUAUUUCCGCCCACACCUCCUCUUGCACCGCCAUCGCCUAUUGUCCGAACGGAAAGUAUGUUGCCGUGGGUGGCUCUGAUGCCAUGAUUUCCCUCUGGGACACGAGGGACUGGGUGUGCCGACGGACGAUGUCAAACCCCAGUUCAGGUGCCAUCAGAGGGCUUAGUUGGUCCUGGGACGGGCGCUACGUGAUCGGUGCCAGUGAGGAAACGGGCUCAGGCGGUGGCGACGGGUUGAGUUCCGGGAUCGACAUAUAUCACGCCGAGACGGGCGAUGUUGUCCAUACCAUUGCGACGGGAACAAGCGGCAUCCCCGCCGUCGAAUGGCAUCCCAAUCGAUAUUGGUUGGCGUAUACUCAGAUUGAAGAGACACGACAGGGGAAGUCUAGUCUGAAGAUUGUGGGUGCCGCAGGAGGCCUCCCAAUAUAA